AUGAUCGGGUGCAGAGCAGCGAAGCUACAGCUGAUGCUGUUCUUCGCUAUCCUGAACCUUCUUGCCUAUCUGGUCGUACCUGGCGUCUCGGUGAAGCACGAGAACUUCAAGACCUGCUCCCAGUCAGGCUUCUGUAGUCGCAACAGGGCAUACGCCGACGAAGCCUCCGCCCAGGGUGCCUCGUGGUCCUCUCCCUACGAGCUCGAUUCCUCGUCGAUUCGAUUCGAAAAUGGCCAGCUGCAGGGAACGGUCAUCAAAACAACUACCACCAACGAGAAGGUCAGGUUACCUCUCACCGUGUCGUUUCUCGAGUCGGGCGUUGCACGGGUGGUGCUGGAUGAGGAGAAGCGCAUGAAGGGCGAGAUCGAGCUGCGACAUGGCAGCAAAGCCCGCAAGGAACGCUACAAUGAAGCGGCCAAAUGGACUCUCGUGGGUGGUCUGGAUCCCAGCAAGUCCGCCGCUCUCAAUCCCGAGGCCGAUGCCGGCUUCACCAAGGUGCUGUACGGGCCGGACAACAGGUUCCAGGCCAUUAUCCGUCACGCUCCCUUGGAGAUCCAGUUCCAGAGGGAUGGCCAGACGCAUGUCAAGCUGAACGAUCGGGGAUUCCUGAACGUGGAGCACUGGAGACCCAAAGUCGACGCGCCCAAGGACGGUGAAGACGCGAAGAACGCGGAAGACCAGAGCACUUGGUGGGAGGAGACUUUUGGCGGUAACACCGACUCCAAGCCCCGGGGCCCCGAGAGUGUCGGCCUGGACAUUACGUUCCCUGGAUACGAGCACGUGUUUGGAAUUCCAGAGCAUGCGGAUUCGCUGUCGCUGAAGGAGACAAGAGGUGGCACCGGCAACCACAACGAGCCCUACCGAAUGUACAACAGUGAUGUGUUCGAGUACGAGCUCAACAGCCCGAUGACCCUCUACGGCUCAAUCCCCUACAUGCAGGCCCAUCGCAAGAACUCGUCGGUUGCCGUCUUCUGGCUCAAUGCCGCCGAGACCUGGGUGGACAUUGUCAAGACCAAGCCGUCGAUCAACCCGCUGGCCUUGGGUGCCGCUGGCACGAAGACGACGCAGACGCACUGGUUCUCUGAGUCCGGACAGCUGGACGUUUUUGUUUUCCUCGGGCCCACCCCGCAGGACCUGACAAAAGCCUACGGGGAGUUGACGGGAUACACACAGUUGCCUCAGCAGUUCGCCAUUGCGUAUCACCAGUGCCGGUGGAACUACGUGACCGACGAGGACGUGAAGGAAGUGGAUCGGAAGUUUGACCGAUACCAAAUCCCCUACGACGUGAUCUGGCUCGACAUCGAGUACACGGACGGCAAGAAGUAUUUCACUUGGGAUCCGAUGACCUUCCCAGACCCCAAGGGCAUGCAGGAGCAGCUGGAUGAGGCCGAACGCAAGCUCGUGAUCAUCAUCGACCCCCAUCUCAAGAACGAAGCCAACUGGCCGAUCAUUGAGGAAUUCAAGAGCAAGGAGCUGGGUGUGCGGAAUAAAGACAACAACCUGUAUGAGGGUUGGUGCUGGCCCGGCUCGUCACACUGGAUCGACUGCUUCAACCCGGCCAGCAUCGCGUGGUGGAAGAGCUUGUUCCGAUACGACAAAUUUAAGGGAACUUUCCACAACACUUUUAUCUGGAACGAUAUGAACGAGCCUUCGGUGUUCAAUGGACCGGAAACCACCAUGCCCAAGGAUAAUAUCCAUUAUGGUGGCUGGGAGCAUCGGGACGUCCACAACAUUAACGGCAUGACCAUAGUCAAUGCCACGUACCAGGGCCUGCUGGAGCGCAAGAAGGGCGAAAUCAGACGCCCUUUCGUUCUGACGCGAUCCUUCUAUGCUGGAACCCAACGGAUGGGAGCCAUGUGGACGGGUGACAACCGGGCCAAGUGGGAAUACCUGGCUGCCUCGAUCCCCAUGGUCCUGAACAACGGGAUUGCCGGGUUCCCCUUCGCGGGCGCUGAUGUGGGCGGCUUCUUUGGCAACCCCAGCAAGGAGCUCUUGACGCGCUGGUACCAGACGGGUAUCUUCUAUCCUUUCUUCCGCGCUCACGCCCAUAUCGACACCCGUCGACGGGAGCCGUAUCUGGCUGGCGAGCCGUACACGGCCAUCAUCACGCAGGCGAUCCGUCUGCGAUACCAGCUCCUGCCAGCCUGGUACACGGCCUUCUACCAAGCCUCCGUGGACGGCUCGCCCAUCGUGAGACCGCAGUACUACGUGCACCCGGACGAUGAGCAGGGGUUCGCGAUCGACGACCAGUUUUACCUGGGCUCCACGGGUCUCCUGGCUAAGCCCGUGGUGACGGAGGGGGCCACCUCGGUUGAUAUCUACUUGUCUGAUAGCGAGAAAUACUACGACUACUUCGAUUAUACUAUCUACCAGGGUGCCGGCAAGCGACACACCGUUCCAGCACCCCUGGAGAAGAUUCCUCUGCUGAUGCAGGGCGGGCAUGUGAUCCCUCGCAAAGAUCGUCCUCGCCGCAGCAGCGGACUGAUGAAAUGGGAUCCAUACACACUGGUGGUCGUGCUGGGGCAGGACGGCACGGCGGAGGGAACGCUGUACGUGGAUGAUGGCGAGACGUUCGAUUACCAGCGCGGUGCCUAUAUCCACCGUCGCUUCCGCUUCGCCGACUCCACUCUCUCGUCUGAGGACAUUGGAACCAAGGGCCCCAAGACUGGAGAGUAUCUGAAGACGAUGGCCAGUUUGCGAGUGGAGAAGAUCGUGGUGGUUGGCGCUCCGGCGGAGUGGCAGCAGAAGUCGAGUGUGACGAUUGAGGAGGAGGGAGCGAAGGCUGGAGCCACGGCUCCAUUGCAGUACACUGGACCGCAGGGAGGCAAGGCAGCGUACGCGGUGGUGAAGAACCCCAAUGUGGGCAUUGGUAAGACGUGGAAGAUCGAAUUCUAG